AUGAUUGGUCUAAUACCAUCUUUACGUUCCCAAUUGCUUGGAUCUACCUCAAGAUGUCUCUUCCAUACCGCUGCACUAUUAAGAGCUGAAGAAGCAGGAUCUAAAUUGACCAAAGAACAACUCAGGAAAAGAGAAGUACGUAGAGCCGCAAGACGUAAAGUGGAAGCAAAAAAACCUGCACAUACUCAUCCAUUGUAUAUGCCUACACCAUUAGCAUUGAGAUAUCUGCGCGCAGUUGAAGUAGGUUACCCAGCGUCUCAACAGGUUAUUACUGUGACAACAUCCGUAGUGGCAGAUAGAGGUAAUCCACCAAUAGCUGGAAAUGUCUCGCUACCAAGUCCUCUAAAGGAUGUACUUGUAGCAGUAUUCAGUAAUGAUGAACAACAAUUAAGCAUGGCAAGAGACAAAUUCCGUUGUCACCUUGUGGGUGGAUCAGAUAUAAUUGCUAAGAUUAAACAAGGCGAAAUUCCAGUCGAUUUUGAUAAGGCAUUUGCUACACCUGAUAUAGCUCAAGAGCUCACAUCUCAAGUAGCACGUAUAUUGGGACCUAAACAAGUUCUUCCCAUGGCGAAAAGAGGUACAGUGGCAUCGGAUUUAGAACCCCUAAUCAAGGAUAGUUUUGGUUCCAUACCGUUUAGACAAAAGGGUAAUUCAAUUAGUCUUGCGGUGGCUAAGUGUGAAUUUUCUGAUCGUCAAGUACUAGAAAAUCUAUUAGCUGUCCAAACCGCCUUCAAGGAAGCUGUAUCGAAUCAAAAGGCAAAAAGACCAAGUAUCUUGGGUAGAACCACGUUGACAACGACUCACGGUCCUGGGAUUGUUAUCGAUUUGGUAUGA